AUGAAUGAGAGAGUGAAGCAAACCUUCGCAGUUCCGCUUGCAUUCCCAAAUAUUUCAAGCCUUCGGGGCGUUGAAUCAGACCCAUCAGAUUACAGGAAUAUCGUCGAAACCAGUCUUCUUGAUGCGCGACCGACGGUGCUGCAAUGUUGGUCUCAUUCGCCGAAUGAUGGAGAUGACGAAGGCGGCGGAGUAAUAGUUGGAUGCGAUGAUGGAACGCUGUAUGUCUUUCAUCAAACGUGUCAGCCGAUCAAUGCUCUUGAGUCUGUUGAGACCAUUCAGCCUUCUCAGCAACCAAAGCCAUCACGUCGGCCUCGUCGCAUUUCACGAUCGGGAACUCCCCCUACUCCGGCGUUUCCUCUCUCUCCAACAUUCAACGUCUCUGCUCGUUCACGCGUCGUCUCUGGUGUUACCACGGACCCAGUCGAAGCACCAAAGAAUUAUGUUGAUUUCGAUGAUGAGCCCGACAAGCUCAAGGACAUCCUCAAAGGCAGAACUCCCAAGGAGAAACAGGGAGUUUCGGACUCAAUUGCAGAAAAGAACGGACGACUGGUGAAGUCUCCGGCUGCCUCCAUCACGGAACCUGCGUCUUCUUCAAAACAUCGGAAACCAAGGUCUCUACUGUCAGCCACAAAUUCCCCCGCGCAUACACCCUACUCUUUCUCGGUUCCUGCAUCUCCUAAGGGACAAGAAUCAUUCACAAUCACAGAUCCUCCUCAUGAAAUGUCUCUGCGAUACCAUAUCAUCCCAUCGAAAUCCGGCUCGGGGCGGGCUGUGAGAUCUGUCCGGAUGUUACAGGACAACAGAUUCAUCGCCGUUCUUCACGAGACUGGUGACCUUUAUGUGUUUUCUUCGGAAGACGGAAUUUGUGUCGCCUGCGUUCAUGCCGGGGGCGUUGGUUCCCCAAUGGGAGUGAAGGAUAGAGACGUUCCUGAUGACAUUUGGGAGUGGUGUUCGCUGAGUGUGGCAUAUGUUGAACAGUCGACGAUUCUUCUUGCAACCGCUGCAACCGAUGCCAACACUUCUGCCCCUACCCCAGAUAUGGACGAAAGUUCAACAGAAAAGUCACAAGGUAUCAUGCUCGAAUUUUCUGCUGGCGAUGAGGUUGGUUCGGCGGAAAUAAAGCUUUCAAUACUUGGCCAAUGGGAGUUCGAUGGGCCAGCCAAGGGGCUCGGUAUUCACAUCGAAUCUGAUAAAACAUCAACAUUGUACUCCAUAAAUUCACAAGGUUGCCUUCACGUCCGCCAACUCUGCCUCCGACCUCCGCCGCCAAGUCCACCUAUUCCAGCUAAUGCUGAACCUGAACAUCACCUUCCUAUCCCAAACCCCUUCAAGGGGAUGAUGUCGCGUUCAACAGAACACCUCUCUCACGAAAAGCAUUUGAAAGACGCACCAAAGGUGACGUUGGACGAGGUUCAUAACGUGGGGCGUCUUCUGUCGGAUUCCACACUGUCAGGCCUAUGUACGAGGGAUGUUGAAGGGAGACUGUACGGUAUUGCAUGGGCCCAUAGGGAGAUGACGGUCUUUGUGUACGAAGCCAGGUCAUUAAAAGUUCUCUACCAGACGUUCAUUAGCUCUGUGGGGAAUGUAGAGUGGUUAGAUGAAUCGACUUAUGCUCUUACAUACGAUACUCAAAUACUGUCAAAAACUGGUCAGGGUGUUUCCAGUAAGAUUUCGGAUGAUACAACCUUGAACCGCACUCACGUCUUGUUGCUCUCUCAAAGUCCAGACCUACUCCGGACCUUGCCUAUAGGGCCGCACAAUGCAAUUACGCUAGCGUCUCCUCCAAACUUGAUUGUAAUCAAAGUCGUGGAUGGCCAAUGGCAGCUGGUCUCAUUCAAUGCAGUCCCAAAACCAGGUGCAGAAACCCCCGAGGGUGAAUGUUCGCGGACAUUAUGGCACUCAAAUCCGGCUCCUUUGAAUGGGGAACCUAAGAUCACGCUGACUUCAAUGUUUCCGCUUGAUUUGGAUCGUAUUGUCCAAGGUUACUCUGAUGGGCGCCUACGCCAAUACUCUAUACCUCAAAUGUCGAGGAAGGGUGAGAACCCAACCACACUAACAUCUUCGUCGACGAAAAUUUCAGAACCGGCCUUGAACGGCUACAUCUCGGCUCUACAUCUGGUUCAAAACCAACGGACAAAAGAAAAGUAUAUUUUGGGAGGCGCGGAUGAUGGCUCCAUCGCGUUUUGGUCAAGCAGUACCUUUGAGCUGUGCGCGAGGUGGAUCACAUUCACCACGCCGUUGGUGAAAGUCCUCACUUUUGAAGGCGAGACUGUGGGUCCACUGCGCGGAUGUGUAUUGUGCAUCGCAAGAGAUGGGACUAUUGCGGUCAUCGCCGUUGAUGGGUUUCAAUUUCUGUACCUCGUCCCCGGGGCUGCGGCACCGCUUCAAAGAGUCUGUGUAGGGGGUAAUAGCUUGUUGCUCAUCUAUUCGGACCGGAGGGCAAGAUUAUGGGAUGCACAAACAAAGGAGUUUUGGCGAUCCAUGGGACUUCAAAAGGCACAGGAAAUGCUGGCGCAGGGAGAGUGGAUCUGUCUGACCAUGGAACAAGACACGUGUAUUCCAAGCUUAGCGUGGGCGAGCAUUGCACCUUCUUUUGAGGGUAGGGAUGCUGUUUCGACCCUUUCUCUUGACUUGGAGAGACUGGUCGUCGAUUCCGUUGCCUUAACGAAAACAAUUAGCACUAGCCGGGACGAGAUACGCAAUAUAUUGCUGACACUGGAUAGGCUGCGUCUUAUCUUAUCGAUUCUUCUGACUCCUGGACUCAGCGACGACGUCGAUUCAAUAUGUGAUGGUAAACUGAAAGUCAUGCCGUCCUCUGCUACAGUCGGACUCUCCAGUGAUGGUGCAACUGUGCUAUACCCAGUCACCCGUCCCGGCGAUGUUUGGUGCAUUUCGGGGAACGUAUCUGCUGCGCGUGCUUUGAGCAUCAUCCUAGUUUUGAGAGCGAUGAGUCUUUUCGAAGAACUUUCGGAAGCCACGAAUACGGUCAUAUCAUUCUACGCUACCUCUAUCGGGACAUGCGUUGGCGAACGGUAUCAACCUCCAAGCUUAGAGUAUCUGGCAAGAAGAUGGUUCGCUGCCUCAAAUGAGCUCCGCCAAGCGAUAAGGUUGAUCUUUGACGCGACACUUGCACGAUUGUCAGACGAGGAAGCUAUUGCCGUUGCGGAGAAGUGGCAACAUCAUGUACCUACUCUACAACCUGAUGCUGAGCGGGAAACCAUAAACGCUGCUUUAGCUCUAUUCAUUUGUGGAUGCGUCGCUUCCGAGAAGUAUACCUUACUUUCGACGAACUCCUUGACUGACAUAUCUAAGUCGAUCACAUUGUACCUCCACGAUGAGUCCUCCGUUUACCGAGUUCUCGCUAUCGACUUGUGUUCGCGUGGAUUUCACGUCUGGCAACAUUACGUCGAUACAAUGGAAAUCCUUAGGUCGCUUUUCAUGCUUUCCACUAAUGUUCGAAAGGAUUCUAUCUCCAUUCAGAAUGUGAACAGCCAGGCCAGAUUGGCUAUUCUCUCAAUUGCUUCAAACAACAUUCAGCUUUUCAUAUCAACAUUGUGUUUGGAUAUCCUCACACCGCCGACUUUAGAGAACCGGAGGUCUGUCAUGCAAAUUGUGGCAUUCUUGAUCCGAAAGCGGCCUCACAUCCUCCAACCUACCCUCCCAAGACUCUUGGAAGCUGUCAUCAAAUCCUUGGAUCCGAAUUCAACAACAAACCGCGAUGCAGUAUUAGAUACCGCGACUGAGAUCAUCGGUUAUGUUGUCAAGACGUUCCCAACGGUCGACUUUCAUAUGGCAACUCAACGUCUUGCCGUUGGUUCGAACGAGGGAGCAGUGGUGAUGUAUGAUCUGAAGACGGCAAUUCGUCUAUACGUCCUCGAAGGGCAUACGAAGCAGAUCUCGGGCUGUAGCUUCUCUCCCGAUGGCAGGAGGCUAGUAACCCUUUCUCUUAGUGAAAGUCUGCUCUUGGUUUGGAAGGUAGGGUCGAGCUUUGCAAGCUUCUUCAAUCCGGGAGCUCCCCCACGUCAGGGCCAUGGUGGAUCCCAGCCCUUCAAAACUUUGAAUUUCAACAUUGGGAGUGAAUCAGAUAUGUCGCUUAUAGAAACACUGGAGUUGGUCAACUUUGAGUGGGUCGCUGACCGUACGGUCAGGGUUAGAAUACGUGAAAGUAUCUUGACCUUUAGCACAUAG